UUAGCAGCGGUUCUAUCUGGAUCCUCCGCGCACAACCUACAACAAUUACUGAUUAUUACUGAAGACCUUUUCUUCUUUUGGAAGACAGUUCUUCACCAUGGGCGACAAGAAAAGCCCUACCAGGCCAAAAAGACAAGCUAAACCAAGUGCUGACGACGGAUAUUGGGACUGUAGCGUCUGCACCUUCAAGAACAGUGCAGAGGCUUUUAAAUGCAGCAUAUGCGAUGUGAGGAAGGGCACAUCCACAAGGAAACCCAGGAUCAACUCCCAGCUGGUGGCCCAGCAGGUGGCUCAACAGUACGCGAUGCCUCCCCCGCCCAAGAAGGAGAGGAAGGAGAGGCCUGAGAGGGAGCAUGGCCCGGACGGGGAGCUCUUGGACGGGGAGGGGGAGCACCCCGAGGGAGAGCUUCUGGAGAGAGUGAAGCCAGAAGGAGAAGGAGAACCUCCCCUGGAUAAAGACGAGAGCGAUAAGGAGAAGCCGGAAAACGACCAAGCAGAAAAGCCAGAGCAAGAGGAGGAGAAAGAAAAAGGUAAAGAGAUCAGCCCAGCCAGGCCCAUCGCCAAGAAACCCAGCAUCAAAGAGAUCAGCCUAGCCGGGCCUAUCGCCAAGAAACCAAGCAUCAAAGAGAGCAGCCUAGCCGGGCCCAUCGCCAAGAAACCCAGCAUUAAAGAGAGCAGCCCAGCCGGGCACGUUGCCAAGAAACCCAGCAUAAAAGAGAGCAGCCCAGCCGGGCCCAUCGCCAAGAAACCCAGCAUCAAAGAGAGCAGCCCAGCCAGCCCCAUCGCCAAGAAACCCAGUAUCAAAGAGAGCAGCCCAGCCAGGCCCAUCGCCAAGAAACCCAGCAUCAAAGAGAGCAGCCCAGCUAGGCCCUUCGCCAAGAAACCCAGCAUCAAAGAGAGCAGCCCAGCCAGGCCCAUCGCCAAGAAACCCAGCAUCAAAAAGAUCAGACCCAAGACAGACGUUCAUCAGAGCCUACCCAGCAUACAGUCUGGGGAGUCAACAACCAAGAUCAACAACUCUCACAUCUCCAGGCCCAAACUGAAGAACAUUGACCGGAGCACCGCUCAGCAGCUAGCCAUAACGGUGGGGAACGUGACGGUCAUCAUAACGGACUUUAAGGAGAAGACCCGCUCCUCGUCCACAUCCUCGUCCACCGUGACGUCCAGCUCGGGCUCCGAGCAGCGGCACCAGAGCUCUGGCUCCGAGAGCAUGGACAAGAGCUCGUCUCGCGCCUCCACCCCCAAAGGAGAGCUCUCUGUGGGGCACGACGAGUCCUUCUGAGCCCUACAGUCCAGGUGCUCCGUGAUGACUCUGUGGAUCGGAUCCCUUAGGGGGAGAUAUUUCACCUUCCUGCCUCCUGCCUCCGCCUUCCUUCCAUCACCGUCCCAGGAUGCUGAGAGAGCUAGCUGAUUGGAGCAGUCUGAUUGGAGCAGCCCAUGGCGUGCGCCUAAUGGAGAAACGUCCAAUCAUGGGUACACGUUGAGCAUGGCCCAGGCGGGAGAGUGGGGCUGAUGGGAAUAGCGCCCCCACCGGUGGCAUCCUGACACUUGUAUGUAUUGUUUGAUAUUUGUACGUGGAUGUGUGGCCGACAUUUUGUUUUUGUGUAAAGAAAUGAUCUGCUGUACACAAUAACCACCACCAUUUUAGCAACUCUGAAACAUGACCCUUAUUUAUUACUUGUUGCACCCUUAUACUUUGAGAGACUUUUCUUUUGUUGAGGCUUUGCUGUGUAGUUGUACCCAUCUCUCACUUUGACACUUGUUUUGAUGGUUGAACUGGUAGGAUGGGACAAGAUGCUUGAGACCACUACACACUGGUGCUACAUCGAUACACUGUGAAACAGUUUCCGACGUGGGACUGUCAUUCACACGAUCCAACAAAAGUGCUAAUAACCCAGAAAUUCUCUCUUGCUCUCUUUCUCUCCCUCUUUCGCACACUCUCUCACUCUCUUACACUCGUGUCUGAUUUUAGUUUGAACCUCCAUGUGGUCUUUCAGGUUGAUGUGUAGAGGUGAAUGUGCAGCAUAUAAAGGUCACCUGCUUUGUUUUGAUUUGAAGGGCCUACAAUGUCAACUCAACACACACCCAAACCUUUGUCUAUCAUUUAGUCAGAUGCUAUAUAUCAAUCUUAUACAAUCUGUGUCUCCUGUCCUUAACUCUAUAGUGUAGGCUAUUGUGAAAAACACUAAAGUUGUUGAUGUUUUUGCAUUCCGUCGCUUUAAUAUUGGUUAGCCAGUUGAGGAAAGGUGUGGUACCUUUUUCAUUUCUGUAAUGACUGAAGGAAAGGUCAAGUUCAGAUCCACCUGUCAAGACCACAGUUUGAACUGUAAUAUAGUGAUGCCAUAUACCGUUUAUGAUAUCCAACUGAUGCUAAGGGACUUCAGGUUUUUAGACGUCUUAGCAAACUUUUACCAAUGUUUUUUUUGAAUGCUCUGGUUUACAAAGUUGUGUUUUUUCCCGGUUUAUUUAGUGCAAAGGCCUGGACAGUUCAUGAUGAUUUGAGAAUUGAUUUGAGUGACUUUUUCUGCUAAGAUAUAUUUAAGACUCCAAUAUGUAGGUUAAGUGAAGGCAGAAACAUUGCAAGUAGAUGAUAUAGCUAAUAGAAUAAUAUUACAUUUUUGUUUUGCAUUUUCAAAGCAGUAAACACUUACCUAAAUAACCAAUUAAAUGGUUCUAAUUCUCAUUCUCCUUAGAUGAAAAUAGACCCUAAUUUCCUCUUUAAAUGUAUUAAAUUGUAUAAAGAAUAAAUGUGUAUAUCUUAGUUUUAUUUAUUGAAGGACCAAAGGAAUUUCAUAAUGACAUGAUACAUAGACAAAUGAAUAACAAUUUGAGAUGCAAUUAUAAAAUGUGUGAAAUGAAAUACAUUUGAAAUAAAGACUAAUAUAAUCCAUUUAAAUGGUGUAAUUCUUGUCCACUUUAUAAGGAACUUACCUAGAUAAACCUGAGAAUAAGCAGAACAGAAAAUAACAACACUAACAUUAAUUCAAUCACAAGUCAGUUUCUCUACUUAGAGAACAAUGAAAGGCAAUGAAAAGCAUUCAAUGGGCAGUGAGCUGCAGGGAACUCUGCAGUGUUCAGAAGCUCUUGGAGCCAUGUAAAGCCCUGUGCUUUGAGCCUCUGCUCCACUGUCCUCCGUACAGUAUCUCCCCCUGCAGAGAACCAGUUGGCCUGAGCAGGCCAGUUCAAUCUCUACCUAUAGACUUCUCUAAAGCAGGUCAGGCAAGGUAGGCAUACCCUUCUAACUUACCGUGACCAUGAGUCCACCGGGCAGGUGUUGUAGUAAAGGCUUUACGAUCUAUUUAGUGUAGAUACGAUAAUCAUAUUUGUGUGUUGUGAAUAAGCAAUGUUUGUUGUCCAAAUAAGACCAUACAAAGUUGAUUUACUGUUUUAACAGAUGCCUGCUUCACAUUUCUCGACUACAUUUAUUUUAUUUUUUUAACGAUUAAUUUGAUUCAUAUGUAUCGAUUCUUUUAAAUGAUUUGUUGAUGAAACAAACAAUUCACUUCGCUAUUGUUGGGAUCUGGUUCAAUUGCUGUGAAUCAAAAUAAGAAUUUGAGAAUUGUGAGCAGUAUUUUUGGGGCAAAAGAUAAGCUGUAGCCUUUUUGGAUUAUGUGGCUACAAAACGUGUUUUGUUGAUACUUCAAGUAGAGUUGGGCAUUCAAUUUAUGGAACAUUACAACUCAAUAGAUGCUAGUCAACCUGCAAAGUAAACAUUUCUAAAGAAAGAUAAAUAUGGCAACUAGAAAAGGCACAUUUCCCGAAGACAAUGUGUGUGCUAACUUCAGCAGUCUAAAAAUCCAAUUUGUAUGUUAGUGGGAGAUGUGAAGAAUGUAGAAUUCCAGCUAAAUAGAAGCUGAAGCUGAUCAUAAUAGGGAGAGUAGGUCUGAUUUCUUUAGGAGACUGCUAUUUAUUUCAGAUGGCACAUCACUUAUUAGAAAUGGCACAACUAUGCCACUGAAAAAAUGUACUGUGCCUAAACCUGAAUGAACUGUGUGUGCCAGGACAGGUUUUCAAGGGUGCUGUCCAGCUUCUGACAUGGGGGGGAGGG